UCAGUGCACGAGUAUUUUAUGUAAAACAGCAGAAAAAUCAUUUCUAUAGGCGUUCAAGUCUAUAGGAGAAACUUGAAGUGGUUUUUAAGAAAUGAAGGCACUUGGUGUUGUGGGACACACUGGUCAAUAAAACCAAUCUGGUCUGCACUAAAUGAACAACACACAAAGGGGAUGCACAGAUGGUGUUGUGUGUCAGACAGUAUUAUUAAAUAUAAAUAAAAAGAAACAGAAGACUGAUAAACUCCUGACAUAGUCUCAAGAUGCACAUAUGCUACAGUCAUGCAGAAGCCAAACUGAACCUCUCAGAAAAGUUCCCUUUAGCUCAGUCAUGAUAAGCCUCCCUGAGAGAAGAGUGGAAACAACAAAAGGCACCCCCUGCAGUAGUAGAGAUCUAAUAUUGGCACCCGAAGCAGCUGGCGGGCUGUCUCCUAUAAUUUUAGCGCACACUGAUGCAGAGGAAAGAUUUAAUGGGCAUUGGUCGGCGUACCCUCUUCUGAGGGCGUAAAGGAGACAGAGCGGAGAGGAAGGGGAGAGGGAGAGGGAGGGGAGCAGAAGGAGAGGACAGUGAGGAGAGAGGGGGAGAGAAGAAGGCUGUGUGUGAAGGGCUGCUGUGGAUCAGAAAAUAAAAGUCAGGAAACUACCUGGAGCAGCAUGACUCCUCUAACACUUGGACUGUAUCUGCCUCUGUGGUUCUGCUAUGGCCUGGCUCAGUCCUCUUUUCUGGACAGCUUUAUUUCAUUCCCAGCAGCUCUCAGACCGCAGGGGGAGCAGAAGAGGUUCAACCCAUGCUGUUUACUGAGUCCGCCGCCACCCCCACUGUUUCCUCCACCCCCUUCACUUUGGCGCCGCCACGCUCAUAUUGAAGGUGUUUCAUCAAACAGUGGAGAGUCAGAGUCGGGCACUGGGGACAAAGGUUCUGCAUGUGUCCGAGGCCUCCCCGGGCCAGCUGGUCCCCCUGGCCUUCAGGGUCCACUUGGAUUACCUGGGAUAGGAGGGCCAAAGGGAGAAAAGGGAGAAAUCGGAAGACCUGGGCAAAAGGGUCGGACAGGUCCUCCUGGACUUCCUGGGAAACAGGGACCAGCUGGAUGGCCAGGACCAACUGGGCCCAAAGGUGAGAAAGGAGACCCGGGGUUGAUGGGUUUGCCUGGUGCCAGAGGACCAAUUGGGCCCCGGGGGUUACCAGGGUAUAAAGGAGAAAAGGGUUCUCGAGGUGAUCGUGGUGAGAGUGGAGUCAAAGGUGACAAGGGGGCGAUGGGUUUCCCAGGAAUGCUUGGACAGAAAGGUGAAUUGGGUCCAAAAGGAGAACCUGGAAUCUCAGGAAACAGAGGACCCACUGGGCGACCAGGAAAGAGAGGGAAGCAAGGCACGAAAGGAGACUUGGGCAGUGUGGGUCCCAUGGGACCUGCAGGCCCACAGGGACCUUCCGGCCACCCUGGUCCUCCUGGUUCACCUGCUACAGGACUGUACAUGGUAGGAUCGAAGGGUGCACGAGGUCCACCAGGGCCUCCUGGAAAGUGUAGCUGUGGCUCUCUCAGUAGCUUCCCAUAUGAUGAUUAUCCCUCAAGAGGAAACUAUGCCAAAGUACCAGCGAUAUUUGUUGUGAGCAAUGAGGAAGAACUGGAGCGUCUUAACAUAGAGAACGCUCUUGCAUUCCGUAAAGAUCAGAGAUCUCUCUAUUUCAAAGACAUCGAUGGCUGGCUGCCAAUCCAGACUUUUCCAUUCCAGCUGACACCGUUCCAGUCGAUGGAAAAUGCUCCUGAUGACGAAGGUUACUGUGGCGACGGGAUUGUGCAGAUAUCCAGCGGGGAGGAGUGUGAUGACAAAAAUCGAGUAGUCACUGACGGCUGUGUUAAGUGUAAACAUGCCUACUGUGGAGAUGGGUACCGCUAUGAGGGGGCUGAAGAGUGUGAUGGGAAGGACUUUGGAUACCAGACAUGUAAUUCAUACCUUCCAGGGUCAUAUGGUCACCUCAAGUGCACACCAUACUGUGUUAUUGACUCCACAAACUGCAAGUACUUCACUUGAGGAGGGGGCUGAACGCUGCAGCGGGAUCCUCGGUGUGUUAUUUGCUUGACACAUAACAGGAAUAUUGAUGCAAAAAAAAAAAUAUUGAUGAUCCAAGCAAAGGACUCUGAAGGUAGAGGCCGGUGAUGAAAUUUCUAUUUCUACGACGAAAAAAAAACAUAAAACACACAUGUAUAAAACUCCUCGUUAUUGCUGCGGAGAUGCCACGAAAGCUUUCUGGAGUUUUAGCCGAUCAGCGGAGGUGGAAAGCCUUCGCUCACACAUAAGGAAAUGCACAGGACAACUGCACACUGUCUUAACAAGCAGGACUCGAGACCAGCCUCCUCACCACGCCUAAAUGGACUGGAAAACACCCUCAAGAUGCACGGUUGUGUGACAGCUAGGCAACGACUUGAAAAAGUGAAGGAUGGAGAUGUUGAAGAGGAGCCAGAGGUGUAUUGAUCUUGACCUAGUUUCUGAGGAAAAAAAAAAAGUGGGGCAGUAGGACAUCCAGAGCUGUGGCCUCAGGUAUUCAGCUGCAGUGUGAAUGAGUGCACAGCAUUUGCAUGAGGCUGGGGUUACUAAAACCAUGACAGCAGCUGUCACUUUCCAAGCAUGUAAACAUCUUUCCUUAUCAUUGCCACAACAUGGCUUGAACUGUGUAGUGCCAAUAUCAAAUUCAGAAUGUCAGUUGUGAAGUAAAACUUGGCACAUACAAAGAUCCAUAAAUAGAGGGAAUAAUACAUGAUAUAUGGAUGAUGCACUAGUAAUAAUCCUGUGAGACUGUUAUACCAGGAGGCCACACUUCAGAGGCUUUGUUCACUUGUGGAGGUAACAGACUUAACAAGUAUACUGAGUCUGGGCAAGGUUUAAAACAUAAAAACAAUUCUCAGGAACUAACAGGUUACGUAGAUCCACACAUCACCUUUCACAGGCAUCCUCCACUACUCUCUUUGUAAAAUGAAAUGGCAGCGACUGUAUGCUGAAGCACACAGGAACACUCCAGAAAAAGCUUUAACGUAUCCACAUGAUGGAGUUUCCUCCCUGUGCUUCACCCAGAAAUGAAAUAUUCUAUAUGUGAAGGCUUAAAACUGUUACGUUCUUAAUUUUUCUCAUGGCACAGAAAAAGGCAAGGAGUAGUCUGUUUAGCUGCUAAAGGUGGAAGGAAAUUAAAUUCCAGCCUGCUCUAUGGUCAUUACUGUAUUUACUCUAAUACCUCUUUAUCCAGUCUUUCUGUCUUACAGUGUACACAGCAACAGAGAAGCUCAACAGUAAACUUAACAGUCUAGAUGUCGUCUGCUGUGUGUUGGGCAAUAAAAAAAAAAAAGAAAAGAAGACUUUUUCCGAUAUAUAAGCUGACAUGUCAUAAGCUACUGUACGAGUCGCAGUGCCAAGGGAGACUUUUCUCAGCCAUACUUAGAUGUAGUCAGGUGAUGUAAAAGCAAUUGAAAAAUGAAGACUGUUAUCAUCCACGCAUGCUUUUGCUACCAUGUGUGAAACGCUUCCACUUUGUCAGGCAGUGUUUUGUAAAAUAUUGUAGCAUUUAUUAGCAUAGCCGGUGUCUUAAGAAGUACUGUAUGUGUGACACUUCUUAUAUCAUAGUGAUGAACUGUGCCAUGCACAAAGCUCAGAAACCUGUUGGGAACUGUGUUGAAUGUUGUGUCUGUGGCCUGUGCUGCUGUGCUGUGUCCUGUCCUGUGUAUGCACAACACUGCUUAAACAUAACAUGCAUGUGGUAACGUACUGUAAGGCAAAUGAAACCUAGUAUGCACUGUGACAGUCUUUUUUUAUUAUUAUUAUAUGAUUUAUACAGUAGUUGUGGAUAAUUAAAAAAUGGAAAUAAAACAAUGAUUUAGAUCACCCUAAAGCUUUC